AUGCUGUGCACGAAGCCCGAUGGCACCAUCGAAGCAGACAAGGUCAGUUUUCCUGCGCAGAGUGUGCUUCGCUUCACGAAUGCUAGCAAGGAUGGCAACUGGAAAGAUCUCAAGGAUACGCUGUCUACAUUGCACCCCACUUUGUUCGUCGAGUUCCCUGCUGAGGCCGUCGAGGGCGUAGUUGGGUUCCGCGAGCCUGUAUCGGACGAGAAACUGCGUGAAAUCCAAGACAAGGGCAUCACCGUUGGUGGUUCGACCGUUUCUUGGGAGCGGGUUGGUGAAGACAAAGCUCGCGACUUUUACGUUGAGCGCGCCAAUUUCCGUGCAUCGUUCCUUCUUGACCGACGUGAGGCCGAGCGACAUGCACCACGCCGUGGCGGCCGUGGCGGUGGUCGUGGGGGCCGCGGUGGCCGCGGUGGCCGUGGGGGUCAUGGUGGCCGCGGCAGCGGCCAUGCUGAUGCCGCGCCAGCAACAGGAUCGAACGAGAAGCGUAAGAACACCGACGAACCACCGGAAAUCGGUGCGAAGCGCAGCAAGACGACAGAUCAGGCUUCGUGA